AUGUCUUCAGAUGUGAUUAGCACCAAAAAAAAGUCCAUUGCAGCAGAUGUCACGACCCAAACGACCCCACUUGACGCGGCCAACAUAUACCAUCUGCCAGUUGAGGCUAGAGACAAACCGUUGAUGCCGAGGCCGACCAAAGACUCCCUCGAUCCUUUAAACUGGUCCAAGUUGCAGAAGUACAACAUCAUUGGCAUCGUGUGCUUCUUUUACUUCCUGCUGACCUAUUUGACCACUGCCCCGGUGCCCUCGUUCUCGCUCCUCGAGGAGCAAUUCGAUGCCUCGUACAAUCAAGUCAACUGGUCCUUCGGCAUCUCUGCCUUUGGCCUCGCAUUUGGCCCUCUGGUCACCUCGUCGCUGGCAGAGACGUACGGCCGCCGAGUGGUAACCAUCAUCGCCACUGCGAUCGCAGUUCUUGCCAGUGGUUGCACCUCGAUCAAAGGACAAUCUAUCGGCCAGUACAUGGCAGCCAGGUUUUUCCAGGGGUUUGCAGCCGGUCCUGCCGCCAACGUGGGCCUCAGUAUCAUCAAUGACAUCUCUUGGGAGCACGAGCGGGGUUAUCGCAUCGGUCUCUGGGCCAUGGCUGCAAACAUAGGAAGUGUCCUGGGUGGCCUCAUUGGCGGGUUCAUAGCCACCGUGAACCAAUACUGGGUGGCCUACCACGUCACCAUAGCCUUCGCAUUUCUCCUGCUCUGGGAACUUCUAUUUCUGCCAGAAACUCAAUAUCCUCGCGCCCAUGUUGUUGCUCUAGAGCUCCAACAAGCCACGGCCAAGGCGCGUGGGGAGACCCUGCAGAAUACUGCUGUCGACAUUAAAAGAACCAAACAACUCCCCUGGCUGAACAUCCGCAAAAUCCCAGGGGUGCCCCAUCCAAAACCUUGGGCAACCUUAAUCACAUUCUGCAAGCUGUGGGCGUACCCAAAGCUGGUCGCCAGUGUUUGUGGAUACAUAUUUCUCCAUUAUUGGUGGAUCGUGGCCCUGCUCUCAAUGAUCCCUGCGGCGUACGCGGAGUACAAGAUCCAGAUUCAGGGUUUGUUCUUCACAGGCGCCCUGGUUGGGGUCAUCUUUGCAGAGAUAUUCUGCUCGGGCCAUUUGAGCGACUGGAUCGUUGUCCGCCUUGCGCACAAAAACCACGGCCAGCGAACACCAGAAAUGAGGCUGUGGCUGGGCUAUCCCGGCGCCCUUUUCUCUGCCAUCGGGCUUGCUGUCUGGGGAGCUUCGGUUCAGGAAGGAUGGCACUGGAUGGUCGGUCAGGUCUCGCUCUUCCUGUUUGCGGUCGGCCUUCAAGCCGGCAACACAACUUUGUCGACAUAUAUCGUGGACAGCUACCCAGAGCACGCCAUUGAGGUCAUAACAUUUUAUUCCGUCAUCAUAAAUAUGUCCGCAUUUAUUGUUCCCUGGUAUAUUUACGACUGGACCGCCGCAGUCGGAUAUGGAUGGUGCUUCGGCACCCAAGCAAUUAUCUGCGCCCUGUGCCUGCCACCUGUUUAUUUUGUGCUCCACCGAUGGGGUAACAGGUGGGUAAAACCCAUAGUGCUCUCGUCCGAUGAGUUGCCAGACGUACCGAGCUUCGAAAUCAGUGCCUAUCAAGAGAAAUGA